UUAACAUGUGUUUACAUACACUUUAAUUUUUUUCUUGCACGAACUGAAUUAUUGUUUAUUCUGUACUGAUCUAUUCAAUAAGAUAUCGUGCAAAGAUAUACAUUAUCACAGUGUAUGUAUACAUACUGAUACAUACAUCUAAUACCUAAGAUCAGUGUAAAAUUGGUUAUACAAUCAAGAUAAAGAAAUAGCAUCAAGACGGUAUAACUCUUAUAAUUUUUUAUCCUAUUCUGUGAAAUUCAGUCAAAUCAAAAAAGAUAAAUAAUAACUAUCAGAAAAAAAUAGAUUGUAAAAAGUCAGCAAAAAUGUCAGGGCCAAUGGUAUUGUGUCAACUAUGGAUGGGUGGAUUGGAGCCAUAUAUGACAGAGAGCUUUAUUAUGAAUGCAUUUCACAAAAUGGGUGAACAACCACAAACAGUAAAAGUUAUGCGAAAUCGAUACACUGGCGAGCCUGCAGGAUAUUGUUUUGUACAUUUUCCAACUGAUGAAAUGGCGCUCGAUGCCAUGCAUAAGUUGAAUGGUAAAGUGAUACCUGGUUCAAAUCCUCCUGUACGAUUCCGAUUAAAUCAUGCUAGCACUACUGGGAAACCUGCUGCCGAGCGAGAAUUCAGUAUUUGGGUAGGCGAUCUGUCCACCGACGUAGACGAUUAUUCUUUAUAUAGGGCAUUUGCUGCGAAAUAUAAUUCAAUCAGAACGGCUAAAGUUAUAUUGGAUAGUUCUGGAUUCAGCAAAGGAUAUGGGUUUGUCAGAUUUGCCAAUGAAGAAGAACAGAAAAACAGUCUAAUUACUAUGAAUGGCUACAGAGGACUUGGAACAAAAUCUUUGAAAAUCUGCAAUGCAGUGCCUAGACCUUGGAACAAAAUAUCGGGUUCAACACCACCGCAAUCAACUUCUGAAUAUCCAGCAUCAAACAUGAAUUCAGAGGCAUAUAAUUAUUAUGAUACAUCAUCAUAUUGGAAUAGCUACAGCGCUUGGCAACAAGGUUAUUAUGAAAGCGAACCGACGUCAGAUACUUACAAUAGCUAUGUAUCUGAUCAAAAACCUGAGGAAGACGAAUUAGAAUUAAUCGAGCAUUCAAUCCCCAUUGACAUCGAUAAGGUGAACAGAGAAAUAAUUGAACAAGAUUAUAAUUUAUGGGAUGCUUUGGAAAGCUCAAAAUGGAUUCCUUGUGAUACUAUAGAAUUAUGCUAUUAAUGAUUAAAUUAAAAAAUAAGAGACAACUUCAAAAAAUAUAUUAUCAUUAUUAUCAUUA